AUGGAUCCCAUUGGCACCAGCGCUCGGCGGACAGCGCACGCGCACGACGCCGCUGGAGAGGCGCCGCCUAACAAAGCGCGGCGACUGACCGCGGAAAGCGGCGUCGGGCCAAACGGCUCUCUGUCCCAUAGCAACCCCGCAUCCCCGUGCAGCGCUCCCCGCGGUACCAUCACGUCCGACCACGCCGCCAUCGCCGCCAUCGCCGGAAAUGGGUCAGCUGCGGACAGCAGCCUCCUAACCCACAACCAUUCACACUACCAGCAACGCUAUCAGCUCAACUCUGGCGAGGCAGCAGCUGCCGGGAUGGGUCUGGAGGAGGGAGGGCAUGAAAGCCAGCGGCUAGAGGUGGCGCUGGACGAUGGCGGCGAGGAACAAAACCACCGCACCGCCGCCGGUCGCCAAGACGGCGGCGGUAUCAUCAUCGGCGGCAGCGGCGGCGGCGGCGGGUGCGACGACGCGCUGGCAGGACAUCAUCACCACCACAAUGACGCUGACGGCGGAGGCGGGGGCGGAGGCGGAGGCCAUCCUGAGCAAGAGGUGGCGAUAGAGGGGCCUGUGACGGAGACCAUUGCCGCAGGACUUCUCGCUCUGCGCCAGCGUCGCACCGCCAUCGAGCAGCAGGUGAUCGGCAUUGGGUGCGCCAGCGGCCUCAUCUUGUUGGUACAUCACGUUUGCGUCGUUGCCGCACACGUGGCAUUGGACUACUUGGAGGCCACGAAAAAAGACUUUGUUGAGCGGAUGGCAAGGUAUUUGGUUUUCUCGAGGGUUGGUGCUUUUGCCUAUCCACCAAGCCGAAGCAGUAGGCGCACUUCCUGCGCACUGCGGCACACACGGGGCCAGCUCAGCGAUGUGUUGCGUACAGGACUUAAGAGCAACGUGGCAAUGUACUGCAACAGCCAGGUUGCGGAGUGGCGGGAGACCAACGCGAUGACCCAGGAGGCCCUGAGCCGUCUAGAUGCCGCCCGAGCGCUUGUGAGGUCGCUGGGGCUCAACGCCAACAAGGGGGGUAUGCCGCAGGACCAUGAGGACGACGCGGCGGCGGCGGCGGUGCUCUUCGGCGGCGGAAGCGGCGGCCACCAGGGAGUUGGCAUUGGUGAUAUUGGCGAUGGGGUUGGAGGUGGGGAUGGUGGCGAUGGCGGGGGCAGCGGUGUUGGGCUUGGCCAGGACUGUGUGGGGCUAGGAGAGUGA